AUGACCUUCGCCGAGUGGAUCACCAAGAACAAAGGCAGUCUGGUGCAUGGGCUGAAUGGCAGUUUCAUGGGUGGCUUUGCGCCGGUGAUGGAGAACGGCGACUCCUUAACACAGCAACAGUACUCCGCGCCGCUGAGAAGAAGAACACAGCAACAGUACUCCGCGCCGCUGAGAAGAACACGUCAACAGUACUCCGCGCCGCUGAGAAGAAGAACACAGCAACAGUACUCCGCGCCGCUGAGAAGAACACAGCAACAGUACUCCGCGCCGCUGGGAAGAACAACGCAGCAACAGUACUCCGCGCCGCUGAGAAGAAGAACACAGCAACAGUACUCCGCGCCGCUGAGAAGAAGAACACAGCAACAGUACUCCGCGCCGCUGAGAAGAAGAACACAGCAACAGUACUCCGCGCCGCUGAGAAGAAGAACACAGCAACAGUACUCCGCGCCGCUGAGAAGAAGAACACAGCAACAGUACUCCGCGCCGCUGAGAAGAAGAACACAGCAACAGUACUCCGCGCCGCUGAGAAGAACACACCAGCAGUAUUCCGCGCCGCUGAGAACACAGCAACAGUACUCCGCGCCGCUGAGAAGAACACACCAGCAGUAUUCCGCGCCGCUGAGAAGAACACACCAGCAGUAUUCCGCGCCGCUGAGAACACACCAGCAGUAUUCCGCGCCGCUGAGAACACAGCAACAGUACUCCGCGCCGCUGAGAAGAACACACCAGCAGUAUUCCGCGCCGCUGAGAAGAACCCACCAGCAGGAUGCCGCGCCGCUGAGAACACAGCAACAGUACUCCGCGCCGCUGAGAAGAACACACCAGCAGUAUUCCGCGCCGCUGAGAAGAACACAGCAACAGUACUCCGCGCCGCUGAGAAGAAGAACACAGCAACAGUACUCCGCGCCGCUGGGAAGAAGAACACAGCAACAGUACUCCGCGCCGCUGGGAAGAAGAACACACCAGCAGUAUUCCGUGUCGCUGAGAAGAAGAACACAGCAACAGUACUCCGCGCCGCUGAGAAGAAGAACACAUCAUCAGUACUCCGCGCCGCUGAGAAGAAGAACACAGCAACAGUAUUCCGCGCCGCUGGGAAGAAGAACACAUCAUCAGUACUCCGCGCCGCUGAGAAGAAGAACACAGCAACAGUACUCCGCGCCGCUAAGAAGAACGACGCAGCAACAUCACACGCCGAAAACGAGAAGAACGACGCAGCAACACUAG